AUGACGUAUGACCACAUGUAUGACUUGACGUACGACAACAACUACGACUUGACGUACGACAACAUCUAUGACUUGACGCACGACCACAACUAUGACUUGACGUACGACAACAUGAAUGACUUGACGUACGACAACAUGAAUGACUUGACGUACGACAACAUGAAUGACUUGACGUAUGACAACAACAAUGACUUGACGUACGACAACAAUAAUGACUUGACGUACGACAACAACAAUGACUUGACGUACGACCUCAAGAAUGACUUGACGUACGACAACAAGAAUGACUUGACGUACGACCACAACAAUGACUUGACGUACGACCACAUGAAUGACUUGACGUAUGACCACAAGAAUGUCUUGACGUACAAAAACAAGAAUGACUUGACGUACGACAACAAGAAUGACUUGACGUACGACCACAAGAAUGUCUUGACGUACGACCACAAGAAUGACUUGACGUACGACCACAAGGAUGACUUGACGUACGACAAAAAGAAUGACGACUACGACUUGACGUACGACCACAACUAUGACUUUACGUACGACAACAACUAUGACUUGACGUACGACCACAAGUAUGACUUGACGUACAACCACAAGUACGACUUGACGUACGACAACAACUAG